AUGGAUACCAAACUACCUCUGCUUUGCUUUCAUGCUGGCACCUUUGGUCUUGUAUCUUAUGGCAUACUCUGGAUCUAUCAACACUUUCUUGAUAUUGGUCAUAAUCCAUUCGCCUUAGUCACCUUCUUGACUGUUUGGGGACAGCUCAUUCACUUUGUAUUCUUCUUCAUGGCUACUAUUGUAGACUUGAUGGAUAUUACAUCGAUUGGUCAGAGUGAACCUGGAUUGUAUUAUGCAUUCCUAAAGUGUCGUGACCUUGUAUAUAGAUCGAUUGCCUUCCCCAUUGGAAUGUUCAUUACAUUGAUGUUCUGGAUACUCUAUAAUAUUGACCCGGCAUUGCUAAUGGUCGACGCGCCAACCUCCUACCCACCAGUGCUCAACCAUAUACAACACACGAUGCCUGCAGUCGUCAUGGUGAUCGAGAUGCUGUUUGUCAAUCAUCAGUACCAUCGACAACUCAAGCCUGUUGUGGCGGGCCUGCCGACGACGGCCAACGUCUACCAGGACGUGGGGCAAGUCGUCUCGUUCAACCUGACCUACCUGUCGAUCCUGGUGGUGUCGCGCUAUGUUCAAGGCCACUGGGUGUACCCAUUCUUUGAGAUGAUCCCGCUGCACUCCAAGAUCAUCUUUAUCUUCUCGUCCAGCUGUCUAAGCGUCUCUCUGUACAUUAUCACGCGCCAGCUGAAUCGUUGGCGAUGGGGUGGCGAGACAGAAUUCCUCGCGCCCAUCUUUGGACGAAAGAAGAGGCCUCUGUCACAGCAGCCAAAGCCAGAGAAGAAGGACAAGUAA